CCCAGGCUGUGGGAUUAUAGAUGUUCGCUGCCGCACCUGCCCCGGUGAGAUCUCUAAGAGAAGAGUCCUUCUGACAGUGUGACCAGGGAUGGUGCUGAAGGAGGCAAGAAGACACAAGGCCAGAGAUUUCUGGAGGCUCCUCAGAUGGCCUCAUCCUCCUGGCUGUGGGCAUCAGGGUCCCAGUAGGAAGGGAGAUGAACAUGGAGAGGCUGUUUUCACAGGACGCAGCAGCUUCCUUGCAGUUGGGCAUUUUAGGAGACCCCUGGUUCCAUGGAAGCCUCUGCUUUGCAGGUCUGUGGGUUCUGGCACCAUCUGAGUCCCCUGGCCAUCUAGUCAUCCCUGGCACCUCUGCUUUGGAGCCACUUUGUCCCCGAUUAGACACAGUCACAUUUUCCAGUGCCGUUUUGGAAAGAUGCUGCCUUUGGAGAAGGCGUUUGCCUCCCCCAGGAGCUCCCCAACCCCCCUGGAUCUGCCCACGCCAGGGUCAGCAGCCGGAGUCCAGCAGGAAGAACCCGAGACCAUCCCUGAGAGGACCCCUGCUGACCUGGAGUUCUCCCGCCUGCGUUUCCGAGAAUUUGUCUACCAGGAGGCUGCCGGGCCCCACCAGACUCUGGCCCGCCUGCAUGAGCUGUGCCGCCAGUGGCUGAUGCCUGAGGCGCGCUCCAAGGAGCAGAUGCUGGAGCUGCUGGUGCUGGAGCAGUUCCUGGGCAUCCUGCCUGAUAAGGUCCGGCCCUGGGUGGUGGCACAGUACCCUGAGAGCUGCAAGAAGGCAGCCUCCCUGGUGGAGGGCCUCGCUGAUGUCCUGGAAGAGCCAGGGAUGCUGCUGGGCUCCCCUGCGGGCUCAUCCUCAAUUCUUAGCGAUGGAGUGUACGAGAGGCACAUGGACCCUCUGCUGCUACCAGGCGAACUCGAGAGCGCCAGCCAGGCCCCCGGAGCUGGGGAGAUCCCAGCACCUUCUGAGACACCCUGGCUUUCUCCAGACUCCCUGUUUCUGGAACAGAGGAGGGUCAGAGAAGCAAGGACCGAAGAGGCCAGCCCUGCCAACACCGAGCAGAAGCUGAAGUCCUUUCCAGAGGAGCCUCAGCACCUGGAGGAGUGGGGCCACCUGGACCCUGCCGAGGAGAACCUGAAGAGCUACCGGAAGCUGCUCCUGUGGGGGUAUCAGCUUUCUCAGCCUGAUGCUGCCUCCAGGCUGGACACUGAGGAACUCCGGUUGGUGGAAAGAGAUCCACAAGGAAGCGGUGUCCCAGAAGGCGGGAGGCAGCAGGAGACCGCUGGGUGCGCCUGCGAGGAGGCCGCCCCUGCGCGGGUGCUGCCUGAGCUGCCAACGGAGGUGCCCCCAGGGGACGCCCUUGCCGAUCCCCCGUCGGGCACCACUGAGGAGGAGGUAGAGCAGCCUGGGAAGGCCCCGGACCCGCAGGACCCGCAGGGCCCCCAGGACCCGCAGGACCCGCAGGACCCCCAGGAUCCGCAAGAACCCCAGGACCCGCAGGACCCGCAGGACCCCCAGGACCCCCAGGACGCGGAGUCCGGCUCUUCCUCCGAAUCGCAGAGGCAGUCCGUCAUCCAGCAGCCUGCCCCGGACAGGGGCGCGGCGAGGCUGGGAACCAAGAGGCCGCACCCUGAGGAUGGCGAUGGGCAGAGCCUCGAGGGCGUCUCCGGCGACGGGCAGAGCCUCGAGGGCGUCUCCGGCGCUGGCCACAGCACAGGGCUCGCGGCUGGGCAGGGCCCUGGGGCUGACGAGCCGGGCUUGUCCCGCGGGAAGCCCUACGCCUGCGGGGAGUGCGGGGAGGCCUUCGCGUGGCUCUCGCACCUCAUGGAGCACCACAGCAGCCAUGGCGGCCGGAAGCGCUACGCCUGUCAAGGCUGCUGGAAGACCUUCCACUUCAGCCUGGCCCUAGCCGAGCACCAGAAGACCCACGAGAAGGAGAAAAGCUACGCGCUGGGGGGCGCCCGGGGUCCCCAACCGUCCACCCGCGAAGCCCAGGCAGGGGCUAGGGCGGGCGGGCCCCCGGAGAGCGGGGAGGGCGAGGCUCUCCCCGCACCCCCAGAGGCGCAGAGGUGAGCCGCUGUGCUGUCGGGAGGGGCCGCCUUGCCGGCCGGGAAUCCCAGACGAGGCAUCGGGCCCUUCCACGCCCCUGGGUGGCGGCUUCCUGUGGUGUCUGUGGACGUCAUCUGCCUGUGCCCCGAAUCCGCCCCUGAGGCUAAGCGCUCCCAACGAGAAGGGUCCACGGGAAGCCCUCACCUCUGUAAACACACCCUGGCAGCGCUCGCAUCCGAGGGGAGCCGCCGGAUGUGGAAGAAGACUCGGCUUUCCUGCAGCCAUUUAGUGCCGCCCCACGCUAGGUUAUUUGAUUGUGCAGUGUAGAGUUGCCUUAAAGUGCGUGAUCUGCCAGUGCUUUCUUCAAGUCACCCUUGCCCCGAUUCCUCCUGUUUGCGCUCCCCAGGGUUGCUCAAGUGGAAAUUUUGUCAACUGUUUAGCCUUUUCGUACUUCCGUGACGUCAACUUCACUUCUAAUCUGCAAAAGCAGAAGCUGUUUCCUAGUUUACCUCACGUGUCUUUCUUUACCUGUAUGGAGUAGCUCUCAGAGAUCACAGAAAUGCUUGCAGCAUAAGGCAGGGUUUUCAGACCGUGGGUCCCAGCCCAUUAGUUAAAAUGGGAAAUCAAUUAGCAAGUGGCCACCAGCAUUACACAGCAAUGAAUCGGAAUAAAGAAUGCAUCAUGUAGUAAAGGCAAAUACUGUUUUGUGAAACUUUUCACCCAUACAUCUAAAUGUGAGAACUGGUUGCAAUGUAAGAGACGUAGUUCUUGCUGGGAAGUUGUGAUCAAAAUAAGUUGAAAAUGCCAAUAAAGAUCUGUCUGUCUGAGCAAAGGAGAGUAAACUCCUUGGGCUACAUAAGG